GAAAGAACCAAAAAUAUCUCGUUCUUGCCAAAAAAUUGGCAUACUAGUCAUAGAAGGCAAGAAAAAAGAAAGAUAGCCCAACCCUUUCUUCCUCUUCUUGUCUAUCUUCAUCACUGAUUCUAGUUUCUCUUGUAAUUCAACCAUUGAAUUCUGUUGUACAAAAUCUUCCUUUGGUGAUCAGGCAACAUGGGCAGUGAGGUUAACGAGCUACAUGCUCUUUUCUUUCCUUUCAUGGCUCAUGGUCACAUGAUACCACUGGUGGACAUGGCCAAGCUAUUUGCUUCCCGAGGCCUGAAGACUACCAUAGUCACCACCCCUCUAAAUGUGCCUCUCUUCUCCAAAACAGUCCAAAGAACCAAAAAUUUGGGAUUUGAAAUUAAUAUACGAACCAUCGAAUUCUCCACUGUUGAGACUGGAUUACCAGAAGGAUGUGAAAAUGCAGACUUGAUUAUUUCUCAGGGUAUGGGUUGGGAUAUGCUCAAAAACUUUUUCGUGGCAACCACCAUUCUCCAAGAACCCCUUGAAAGGCUACUAGAGGAAAUCCAUCCUGACUGCCUUAUUGCAGAUAUGUUCUUUCCUUGGACUACUGAUGCUGCAGCUAAAUUUGGAAUUCCAAGGUUAGUGUUUCAUGGAACUAGCUUUUUUUCUUUAUGUGUUGGAGAAAGUCUGAGACUAUACGAGCCACACAAGAAAGUUUCGUCAGAUUGUGAACCCUUUUUUAUGCCUAACCUUCCUGAUGAUAUCAAGUUGACAAGAAAUGAACUGCCAUAUCCUGAAACACAUGAUGAUGAAUCCGACUUCAACAAGAUGUACAAGAAGGUUAAAGAGGGAGAUUCGAAAAGUUACGGGGUGGUUGUCAACAGUUUCUACGAACUUGAGCCGGUUUAUGCUGAUCAUUACAGAAAAGCUUUUGGAAGAAAAGCAUGGCAUGUAGGACCAGUUUCUCUUUGCAACAGAAACAUAGAUGACAAAGCAGAGAGGGGAAGAGAAGCUUCUAUUAAAGAAAAUGAGUGUUUGAAGUGGCUUGACUUCAAGAAACCCAAUUCAGUUGUUUAUAUCUCCUUUGGAAGUAUGGCAAGCUUCUCUGCCUCUCAGCUAAAGGAGAUUGCAACAGGCCUUGAAGCUUCUGGCCAGCAAUUUAUCUGGGUUGUUAGAAGAAACAAAAACAGUGAAGAAGAUAAGGAAGAUUGGUUACCUGAAGGAUUUGAGGAAAGAAUGGGAGACAAGGGACUAAUUAUAAGAGGGUGGGCACCCCAAGUGUUGAUUCUUGACCAUGAAGCAAUAGGAGGAUUUGUGACUCAUUGUGGAUGGAAUUCAACAGUUGAAGGCAUUGCCGCUGGGGUUCCAAUGGCCACAUGUCCACUGUCUGCUGAGCAAUUCUACAAUGAAAAGCUGGUGACACAGAUAUUGAAGAUAGGUAUCAGGAUUGGUGUUCAAGAACAAGCUUUAUUGGGCGGGGAUAGCAUUAAGAGUAAAGCUUUAGAAGAGGCAUUGAGUCGACUCAUGGAGGGUGAAGAAGCAAAGGAAAUGAGGAGCAAAGCAAAGGCAUUUGGGAAGAUGGCAAGGAAGGCAGUUGAAGAAGGGGGUUCCUCGUACUCUGAUUUGAAUGCUCUUAUCGAGGAACUGAGCUUCUGUCACCAGGGGUAGAUUCAUAUUUUAAAAGCACAUUUCAUUUGUAUCUGUUUUUGCUGUAGUUUUAAUCUAUUUUAUCGUGAACAUUGUUGUUGUCGUUGUUGCUCAAAAUCAGCCAAUUUGAUUUGAUUAAUGAUAAAAACAUAGCUGCCUUAAAUCA